GAAAAAUUGGUCAAGCAAAAAUAAAAAAAAAACAAGUUUUAAAAGUUUAAGAAAAAAAUUCAUUUAUAAAACAAAGAAAUAAAGGAAAAAGUUUCUUAAUAGAUUUAAAACAAAAAAUAUGUUGUUUGCUAUCAACAGACAACAUCUGCCGCAAAACAAAACAACAAAAAAACUCAACCCCAAGCAACAAACAGCAACAACAAUCAAACAACGUAUCUUUAGCAUCUACAUACAAUAAACAGCAAGUGCCACAAAGGAAUUUCAACAACUAAAUGUUGACAACAUCUACAACAGCAACAACAACAACAACAACAAAAGUAACAAAAACGAACAAAUAAAAACUAUCAACGUCCUUCACCGCCUUCUUAAGUUGAAGUUGUUCGACGGACAACUUUGCCCAACAAUCUGUUUAAAAAGAAAAAUCUAGGCAAAAUUAUUUAGAAAGAUAGAAAAAUAAAAACUAAAAGAAAAACUUUGUAGAAAAAUUCUUCCGCCUUAAAGAAAAGAAAAAAAAACCAUCAGCAUAUCAUCAUCAUCGUCAUUUGUUGGUGUUUUUUUUUAGUUGCUAUUUUUUUGGAUUUUUGUUUGUUGUAAGUAACAGCCAACGUUCUGCUGUUUUGAUCACGGUCUUAAGAUUACAGUUUUUUGCAGCCAACAACACAGCAACAUCAUUGAGCAAAAAAAAAAAAGUUGUUACUUAAAGUUUGUUUUUCCAUAUAAGUUACCCGUUUUGCUUAUCUAGUGGCCUUAAAUUUACUUGUUAACUGAUUUGUUUUUGUUGUUUCUUGUUUUUCACUCAAUCUCGACCAACACCCGCUUUUUUUGUUCAAAUUUCCACAAUAAAAAAAAUUUAAAAACAUUUUGUGCUUAAAGAACAAUUUUUAACAUUAUAAAGUAAUCAAGAAAGUUUCCACUUGUACUCGUCUUAAUACCACGUAACUAUUUCUGGGUUGUGCCCCAUUACAACAACAACAAUAACAACACCAGCAACAACAACAACAGCAGCAACAAAAAAGUAGCAAGUGCAAUAUUCUUGUACAACUAAAAAGAAUUAUAAUAAUCAAGUAUUUAUGAAAAAAAAAAAAGUUUUGCAAGAAAAACUCUCUAAACAACAAAAAAGAAAGAAAGAAAAAGUUUAAAGGAAAUUAUAUAAAAAAAAAUCUUUUAGAAAAAUAUCAAACUUUGCCAAGUGUAACAACACCAUCAUCAUCAUCAGCAUGAUCUAGUGUUAAAGGUAACAAACCAUCAGCCAACGUUUAAUAAUUUGUUGCAAAUACCAGAAAAAAGAAAAGUUUGCAAUAAAAAAACGGAAGUUCAACAAUUUGAAAUUUUUCUAUAUUUUUCCAUUCUUUGUGUAACGGAAAGUGUUAGUUAAGAAAAAAAAUAUUAUAAUAAGCAAAAAGUAAAAUAAUAAAUAAAAGAAGAAAGUAAAAAAAGAAAAGAGCAAAAUAAAGUUUUAUUUAAAAAAAAGAAAACCCUCAAAUUAUAAGGUUAAAUUGUUGCCGACCUUUAAUUUAAAGCAACUACUACCAACAUCAAAACAACAACGACAACAGCAACUGAAAAAGUUUUCAACAUAAUUUUUUGUGGCUAAAAGUUAAAAAUAACAAAAAUAUCUAUCUAGCUUGUGGAUUAAGUAAAUGAAAACAACAAUUUAAUAAAACUCAACUUUAAAUAAUUUCAUUUUUUUAAAAAAGUUACAACACCACUUCAAUGCCAUAAUCCUUUUGGCCAUAGACGAAACUUGAUAAAAAAAAUAAAAAAAGAAACCAAACGGAAGGAACUAGACAAAGGAGCAGUAGCAACGAAACGAACAAAAUACACAAAAAUGCCCUCAACAUUUAAAGCAAUUGAUGCAUUACCAUCAGCAACAUCAUCAACGGCAGCAGCCGCUCUUGCCUCAUUGUCAACAACAUAUCGUUACAAUAACACCAUACUGUUGCCCUCCUUAGAGGAAAGGCUACAAACACCACUCUCCUCCUCCUCCUCAGCAGCAGCAGCAAUAACAACCUUCUCAAUAUCGCCAUCAACAGCAGACGAUACAAGUGAAAUCAAUAGCUCAACUGGUUUAACCUCUAUAUCCCAUGUUGCAUCCGUGGUAGUUUCGAAUUUCCUGCCUUUAUCAUCAACAUCCUUAUCCUCUAGUGAUGACGACACAACGUCUGCAGAUGACACAAAAUUUUCAUCUACCUCUUCAUCGUCAACAAUAGCAGCAGCAUCAGCGUCAUCAUCAUUGCCAUUAUCGUCAACAACAUUUUAUCCCUCCUAUAGUCCGCCAGUUGUUGAAAGUUUAGUUGCCAGUUCGGCUGAAGAGUUUAGCAAUAAUUUUCGGGAUCUAUCAUUUGAUAUUUUCGAUGACAAUGACAACGAUUUGUUUGGUUCACCAUUGGCAUUCGAUGCCAGUGAAAAUGGUCUAUGGAAUGGACGUUUUGUACCGCCACCACCACGGCCACCCUUUUUCGUUGAUGAACCAGUAUUGAGUGAUGGUUUGACAACAUGUGAUUUGUGCUCCUGGGCAAUGCCAACAAAAAGUACAUUUAUAUUUGAAGGCACAAUGGAAAAAGCUUCCGAAUUGGGCUGGCCCUUAACACUGACUAUAGUUUCGAUAUUAUCAGCAAUUCUUGGAGCUAUUAUAAUGAUAGCAGUAGUCAAAUGCAGAAGAAAAAAGACAUCACAUCAACGUAGUGACACGCAUGUGCAAUGGUGGUCACGCAAUAAACGUCCGAAUGGCAACAAUAAUCAUUUGAGAAGAAGUAAUAUAUACACGGCCCACCCAGCAGAUAGCAUAAGGGGCCUGCAACAGCCCAAUUCAUUGUCAGCCUCAUCAUCUAUGACAGCAAUGACAACAGCCAUGACUGUGGCUCCCACAGCUCCAUCUACGACUACAACACAACUGCCAUAUUAUCAUCCACAGCAAAUACAACAGCAUUCGCAUACCCUGCCAGUUCAACAUGUUCUAGGCAACCAGCAACAUCAGCAACAGUAUUUGCAACAAUUUGAACAUGAACAUGAAUAUCAUCAACCUCAAGAGUUACAAUUGCAGCUGCAACCACAACAGCAACUACAACCAUCAUCUCAUUUUAAUCAUCCGCAUAAUCAUCAUCAUCAUCAGCAGCAACACAAUAAUAGUCUUCACCAUCAUCAUCAUCAUACACAACAGCAUCCAGGAGCAUCAGUAGUUGGUGGAAUGUUACAGCAUGGACCACAGCAUCAACAUAGUGCGUCUAUGUCUUCAUCGUCAACAAAUUCAAUGCCCUCAUUGUCAACUCAGCCUUUGCAAAUGCAAAUACCAGAACAAAUACAUUUACAAAAGUCAAGCAAUCAACCACAACAUGUCCACAUGCAACACAACAAACAAAACAACAAACAACAACAUAAUCAUCAUCUACAGCAACAACAAAAUCCGCAUCUGCAUCACCAGCAGCAGCACGAACAAGAUCUAGAGUUAGAACAGUCAUCAUCAGAUUUACAUGACAAUAUGUUCCACUGGCCUACUGCGACAUCAAUCGUGACCAGCUGAGUGGUAGAGGCUGCAACUGAUGCAGCUACAUGACAACAAAAACACCAGCAUAGACAACAACAACAGCUAAGACUACAAACACCACAAUGUGAACAGCAUUAUAUUGGUCGUAGUGGUGCUGGUUGUGGUGUUGGUCUUGGUCGCAGUAUUAGUGGCGAUGGUAGUAGCUUUAUUGUUACUGAAACUAUGGACGACGUUGCUGAUGAUGUUUUAGCCCAAACAAGUGAAUUUGAAUGGACACGAGCCAAAAAUUUUAAAAGUCUAAAUAAUGACUGGAUUUGGCAGUGAAAAACUACAUACAACUACAUACUUACAUAUAUUCGUACAAAAACUAAAAGGCCAUUUACCUUAAUAAUACAAUUAGAAAAUAGAAAAAAAAAACAUGAAAAAACGAAAAACAAGUAGAAAAAGUUUUAAAUAUGCUAAAAAUUUAGUUUUGGUUAUUUGUACUAAACAACAAAUAUUUUAGAACAUCAGGUGCUGCAGAGUAUUGAGUAGGCUUAGUAUGUAUUUAUCUAAAAAAAAUGUAAAUGUUUAAAAACUUUUUUACACUUGGAGAUAAGCAGUUAUGCAAAUCGAUUGACUACUUUAAACACAGGUAAAUAACUAAUAAAAAUAUUACUUAAGUAUAAAAGAGGUCUUCUCAAAGUCCAUAUGUUAUUAUGCAAAAUCAUGUUACAUUAUAUCUCAAUCUUUUCCUUUUUUAACAAAUUAUUUAGAUAGACUUGAACCUUUUUAGGAAUUUGGAUUUAAAUUGUGGAGUUUCCAAACCGAUCAUUAUUAUUAAAUGAAUUUUAAUUAUCUAAAUCUAAGAUUUUUAGUUUAGGUGAUCCACGAGAGAGAGAUCAAGAGUUCAAGGUUGUCAAGCGUCGUUUAAGUUAUUGAAUUGUGUGAGAAGGAUCUAAUGAAUGAAACAUACAAUUCGGUUGUCACUUCUUAGUAUGCUGAAAUUGCACUUUAAAAGAACUUAAAUUUUACGUCUUAGUUGUUGAAAAAUUAGCUCGAACUCUUUGGAUGAUAUAAAUUUCUCUCAAAAAAAGAGAAAUUCGACAACGUGAGCCAGAUGUAGAACUCGUCAAAACUAGUUUCAGUAUUCAGAAUUGAUUCGUUCCAAAAAGUUUUAGAUUUUGAACCAUAAGUGUAGACUUUGACAUCCCGAAUAAAGAGACUUACAGAUCAAUCACUUUUUUUAUAAGAUUUUCUAUCAAAUUUGACCAGACAAGAGAAAUUCAGUCAAAGAGUCAAGCUUCUGAUAUAAAUAUCGGAUAUAUAUCCAUUUAAUGAUAGUUUCUAUAAACUGUAUGAAAAAUUAGUUCGAUUUCUUUUGAUGACAUAAAGUUCUCUAAUAGAGAGAGAAUUUGGCCAAUGUGGCGCAAAUGCUGAACUCGUUAAAACCACAUUCAGUAUGAGAAUUGAAUCGUUCCAAAAAUGUAUUGUAUUUUGAACCAUAAGUGUAGACUAUGACGUUCCAAAUAAAGAGACUUACAGAUCAGUAACUUCUUCAGAGGUUUUCUACCGAAUUGGACCAGGCAAGAGAAAGGCAGUCAAAUAGUCAAUUAAGUUUUUUAGCUAGAUAUCGGAUUUCGAUAUAUGAAUCAUAAUUUUUAAACAAAUCUUAAUCGAAGUCUGUAUGCAUCCAGUUAAUUAUAGUUUCUAUAACCUGUAUAAACCGGUCUUUUAGAGUCUUCAUAAUACAAGCGAAUUAUUUUAGGUCGGUAUAGUUCUCAUGAUCACUGUACAGUUUCUUCUCUUUUCCAAGUUCUCCAUGCGAAAAACUAUUAAGUUAUAGUGGCUAACAUAUUGUAUUCCUUAACGUUUACAUGAGACCUUUGAAAUCAAGAUAACAACAAGAUAUUUGACUGCUAACGAAAAUUUGCCUUUUGUAUAGUCCUGCAUAUGUGGAUAAAGUUUUGUAAGCUUUUAUAUAUACAUUUGUUCUCUUGGAACUAUGACUGAUGGGUGAGUGAACAUUGUGUUAGUAUAGAUUAUUCCUAUAUAGAUGAAGAAAUUCUAAGGCCCAUGUUAUUUUUUGAUUAUGUGUCGGUUAAUACUUUUAUCGGUUUACAUCGAACUAUUUAUUCAAUUCUAGACCUAGUUAUUAGAACUUUUGCAACAAUAUGAAUGACUCGCUUUAAAGAAGAUCAAAUAACAUAAUAUAAUCAAAUAAAAAGCAACUUCCAUUAUAGAAGAUUCCAAUGCCCGCUAAGGCUAAACGCUGAGUUUUAACACGAUCAUUCAGCUUCCUUUUUAUUUAUGGGUGGUGUAAAUCUUAAGAAGUUAAAAGAUCGAGAAAUCAGAAACUCUUGAAAAAUCAUGCCCAAAACAUUCACAGAAUUCAACUCAUUUAUCACCUGCUCACCUGACCAUGCCAUUCUGUCCAUGUCAGUGACAAUAAGGUAUCACAUUUUAUUGCUUCAUUGUUUUAUCGAUACUACAGAAGAAUGUGAUCUUAUUCCAGAUACUUACUCGCAGCAUUAGUCAGUUCUUAAGAACACACCCAUUUUUGAGCAGUUAGACAGUGUAACGGAUAAUACAUUACAAAUAUAACUGUUUUUUCCUCUCUGUGACAAGUUCUUUAUUUAGACACCGUUUUGGGGAAAAUUACUUUCCAUUACGUUUGAAUAUGAUAACAAAACCAUCGCAGUAUUCAACACAUUUAUCAAGUGAUUCAUCUAAUCUUCAAAAUUACACCGUAUACUAUAUGUAUAUUCGAGCGGAAAUUAUUAAUAACUCUUUAACUUGGCGUUGCUCAUCCUCAUAAAUUCCUUAUUAGUGACAGUAGUUAGCUUGAUCGGUAGAUGUAUCAAAUACGAAGAAAUACACCUGGGCCUCUUUUGGAUCUGUUGUGGAUACCAGUACCAUGGUAAAACAUUCGCAGUAUUUAACACAAAUACACCGCCUACGGAAAAUUAAAAAAAACUCUUUUAUUGGCGUUACAAGACCUCGUAGAGUCCUUAUUAGUGACAAUAGUCUUCCUUACAAGACGUUUCAAUUCCGAAGAAAUACACUUGGGCCUCUAUCGGUCCUGUUCUACAUUCUUUAACCAAUACCUUGGCAACACAUUUAUCAAGUGAUUCAUUUGAUCUUCAAAAUUACACCACGUUCAAUAUGUAUAUCAGACCGAAAAUUAAAAAUAACACUUUUACUUGACACUACUCGACCUUGUCAGUGACCGUAGUAAGUUUGAAAGGAGAAUGUAUCAAAUCCGAAGAAAUACACCUGGGUCUCCAUUGGGCCUGUUGUGCGUUCUUUAACCAGUACCUUGGCAAAACAUAUAUGAUCAGAUCAAAAAUUAAAAAUAUCACUUUUACUUGACGCUACUCGACCUCGUAGAGUCCUUGUCAGUGACAGUAGUUAGUUUGAAAGGAGGAUGUAGGCAUAAGUUUCUCUUUAAGAACAAAUCCAUUAGGUUGUCGAAAACUCUUUAUAUCUUUUUGGCUUUGUGACAAUGGCGCUACUUAACCUCGAACAGUCCAGUAUAAGUGACAGUUAGGUUUAAAACUUUAUUGAUUCUCAUGAAGCAUGAUCACAGUGGAAUGUGUUGCUCUACAAUUAAAGAUCUUAUUCGCGAACAAGAACAGACCUAUUAGUAGUCGAAAAUUCUCCAUAUACUUUUGCCUUUGAAACAUUUUCUAAAUUUACGCAGAAAUUGUAUCAGGAUUUUGUUCAAGUUGCCAAUUAAAGGUAGUCAACCGAUUAGGAAAACUCACCUUUCCGAGACAUUUAUUUGCACGUCUUUUUAUGACAUUAUAUUACUGAAAAUCACCUUUAAAUUAUUUCUUUGAAAUCCUUAAAGAUGCCUCCUCUUUAAAAAAAAUCUAAUCUUCAUAACAAAUUUGAAAACAAACGAAUUUUUUGCGUCUUUUAUUUCUGCAAUACUCCAAAAAAAAGUGGUGUAAAAAAGUUUAAUUGACAUUGUCUAAAUUUUUGUUUAGUAAAACAGACAGCACUGGAGAAAAUCUUUCCUAUCCCCCACAAAGAAAAACGAAAUGAAAAAGGUGAAACGUAAAAUAAAAUGUCUAGAGAAUUAUUUGCUAAGAAAAGGGCAAGAACAAAAAAAAAAAAACAAAAAUCAUGUCACGUCUUGUCCUUUAUUACAUUUUUUUAACAGCAUUGUAGAAAUUUUCAUUAUUUCGUAAAAAUUUAUUUAUUUUAUACCCUUAAAAUAAAUUAAAAAAUAAAUAAAUAAUAAAAAACUCAAGAAAUCUAAAAGGUUGUUAAGGUCAUCAAAAAGAAUUUAAUACAAAAAGAAAAACUUAAUAAAAAAACAACAAAUUCACACCUAAACACAGAAUAAAAGAAAAACAUUCCAAAUUAUUUAUAAAAAAAAAAACUAAAUUAAAUUUUAAUA